AUGGCAGGAGCAGCCUUUGCCCGCGGAGUCCCGAGGCUACAGGGGCUCAGCGGGCAGGACGGGUGGCAGGUUCACGGCUCCCUGGCUGAGGCCUCACACCUGUGCUUCCGGCGGCUGCGCUACAGCGACACGGCGGGGCCCCAUGAGGCGCUGGACCGGCUACGGGAGCUGUGCCGCGGGUGGCUGCAGCCCAAGUCGCGCACGAAGGCGCAGAUCCUGGAGCUGCUGGUGCUGGAGCGGUUCCUCAGCAUCCUGCCCGCCGAGCUCCGCGCCUGGGUGCAGCUGCACCGGCCCGGCAGUGGCGAGGAGGCCGCGGCGCUGCUGGAGGAGCUGCAGGUCCGAGGGGAGGCCGCCGCGUGGGUGCUGUCUGUCUGUCCUGUGCCUGUCUCCUGCCCUUUCGUGGCUGUUCCCCUCGAGCCCCGCGUGUCACUGUCAUACGACCCAGAUGCGGCAGCCCUCCUUCACCGCGCGGAGCUUCCCCUGGGCUGGGGCCUGGCCCGUCCCCCGCCCUCCGAGUCCGAGUCCCCCCAGGAUGGAGUUGCGCAGGUGGGGCGCCCGUGGGACCCGGCCAGGUGGGUGAGGCCGAGCAGCGUCCAGCCGGGAGGAGAGGGCACCGCGGAGGACGCGGUCCGGCCACCGGCCAGGAAGCGGGAGGCCUGCGGCGACUUGGCCCAGGGCACUGAGCCUGCGGCCUGGCCUUUGUCGGCUUUCAUGAGCACCUGCGUUGACCAGGACGCAGUUGAGAAGAGGACGAGCCCUCCAGGAGCAGCACCGCCUUCUGUGCCUGCUGACAGCCGCCUAAACCCUCUCGCUGGCUCGGCGCUGCUCAGCCCCCUGGAGCCGCAGCAAGAUCCUCCUGUCCCUGAGACUUCUGCCCUCUCCCAGGAAGAGAACCCAAGAAAUUGAUUAAUGGCACUUAAGCUUCUGACAGCACAGCCCCAGGAGUUGGUGAUGUUUGAGGAGGUCUCCGUGUGCUUCACUCCUGAGGAAUGGGCGUGUCUGGCCCCAGCUCAGAGAGCCUUGUACUGGGACGUGAUAUUGGAGAACUAUGGGAAUGUGACCUCCUUAGAAUGGGAAACCAUGACUGAGAAUGAGGAGGUGACAUCAAAACCAAGCACGGCUCAAAGGUCAGAUUCUCAGAAGGGAACAUCAGAAAGACUUCAGAAAUGUGAUACCCAGGUCUUUGGUUCUGAGGAAGUGUGUGAUGGGCAAGUUUUAGCAAAUCAGCGGGGAGAUGAAACAGAGGAGAGAAAGACAGUGGUAAAAGGUUCCCUCUGUGCACAAAAUCAGAAGAAAAGUCUUCACCAGAAAAACAAGGCCAAAAGUGCAAGGAAUUUGGGGAAAUCUUGA